CGCCCAGCUUUUGAGCUCGCGUCCCCAGGCCGGCGGGGGGGGAGGGGGAGCGAGGGGACCCCGGGAUCCCCGCCCCCCCCACGCGGCCGCCCCUGCCCCCCCGGGACCCGGAGAAGAUGUCUUCCCGGACGGCGCUGGCCCCGGGCAACGAUCGGAACUCGGACACGCAUGGCACGCUGGGCAGCGGCCGCUCCUCCGACAAGGGGCCGUCCUGGUCCAGCCGCUCCCUGGGCGCGCGCUGCCGGAACUCCAUCGCUUCGUGUCCCGAGGAGCAGCCGCACGUGGGCAAUUACCGCCUGCUCAGGACCAUCGGCAAGGGCAACUUCGCCAAGGUCAAGCUGGCCCGGCACAUCCUCACCGGCCGGGAGGUCGCCAUCAAGAUCAUCGACAAAACCCAGCUGAACCCCAGCAGCCUGCAGAAGCUGUUCCGGGAAGUGCGCAUCAUGAAAGGCCUGAACCACCCCAACAUCGUGAAGCUAUUCGAAGUGAUCGAGACGGAGAAGACGCUGUACCUGGUGAUGGAGUACGCCAGCGCAGGAGAAGUGUUUGACUACCUCGUGUCCCACGGCCGCAUGAAGGAGAAGGAGGCCCGGGCCAAGUUCAGACAGAUCGUAUCGGCUGUGCACUAUUGUCACCAGAAAAACAUUGUACACAGGGACCUGAAGGCCGAGAACCUCCUGCUGGACGCCGAGGCCAACAUCAAGAUCGCAGACUUCGGCUUCAGCAACGAGUUCACGCUGGGCUCGAAGCUGGACACGUUCUGCGGGAGCCCCCCGUACGCCGCCCCGGAGCUGUUCCAGGGCAAGAAGUACGACGGGCCGGAGGUGGACAUCUGGAGCCUGGGCGUCAUCCUCUACACCCUCGUCAGCGGCUCCCUGCCCUUCGACGGGCACAACCUCAAGGAGCUGCGGGAGCGCGUGCUGCGCGGGAAGUACCGCGUCCCCUUCUACAUGUCCACGGACUGUGAGAGCAUCCUGCGCAGGUUCCUGGUGCUGAACCCAGCGAAACGCUGCACGCUUGAGCAAAUCAUGAAAGACAAGUGGAUGAACAUCGGCUACGAGGGCGAGGAGCUGACGCCGUACACGGAGCCCGAGGAGGACCUCGGGGACACGAAGCGGAUCGAGGUGAUGGUGGGCAUGGGCUACACGCGGGAAGAAAUCAAAGAGGCCCUGACCAGCCAGAAGUACAACGAAGUGACUGCCACCUACCUCCUGCUGGGCAGGAAGACUGAGGAGGGUGGGGACCGGGGCGCCCCAGGGCUGGCCCUGGCACGGGUGCGGGCGCCCAGCGACACCACCAACGGCACGAGCUCCAGCAAAGGCAGCAGCCACAGCAAGGGGCAGCGCAGCUCCUCGUCCACCUACCACCGCCAGCGCCGGCACAGCGACUUCUGCGGCCCGUCCCCCGCCCCCCUGCACCCCAAACGCAGCCCGACCAGCACCGGGGAGGCGGAGCUGAAGGAGGAGCGGCUGGCGGGCCGCAAGGCGAGCUGCAGCGCCGCGGGCAGCGGGAGCCGGGGGCUGCCGCCCUCCAGCCCCAUGGUCAGCAGCGCCCACAACCCCAACAAGGCCGAGAUCCCGGAGCGGCGGAAGGACAGCACGAGCGCGCCCAACAACCUGCCCCCCAGCGUGAUGGCGCGCCGCAACACCUACGUGUGCACGGAGCGCCCUGGCGCCGAGCGCCCCUCCCUGUUGCCAAAUGGCAAAGAAAACAGCUCAGGCACCCCACGGGUGCCCCCUGCCUCCCCCUCCAGCCACAGCCUGGCUCCGCCUUCCGGGGAGCGGAGCCGCCUGGCCCGAGGCUCCACCAUCCGCAGCACUUUCCACGGGGGCCAGGUCCGGGACCGGCGGGCGGGGGGCGGCGGCGGCGGGGGCGUUCAGAAUGGGCCCCCUGCCUCUCCCACGCUGGCCCACGAGGCCGCGCCCCUGCCCGCCGGGCGGCCCCGCCCCACCACCAACCUCUUCACCAAGCUGACCUCCAAACUGACCCGAAGGGUCACAGACGAACCUGAGAGAGUCGGGGGACCUGAGGUCACAAGUUGCCAUCUACCUUGGGAUCAAGCGGAAACCGCCCCCCGGCUGCUCCGAUUCCCCUGGAGUGUGAAGCUGACCAGCUCGCGGCCUCCCGAGGCGCUGAUGGCGGCGCUGCGCCAGGCCACCGCGGCCGCCCGCUGCCGCUGCCGCCAGCCACAGCCGUUCCUGCUGGCCUGCCUGCACGGGGGUGCGGGCGGGCCCGAGCCCCUGUCCCACUUCGAGGUGGAGGUCUGCCAGCUGCCCCGGCCCGGCCUGCGGGGCGUGCUGUUCCGCCGCGUGGCCGGCACCGCCCUGGCCUUCCGCACACUUGUCACCCGCAUCUCCAACGACCUGGAGCUCUGAGCCGCCUCGACCUGGAGCUCUGAGCCACCUCGGCCCUGGGUCCCCUCCUCUCCCUGCCCUUGGCUCCUAGCGGCCGCCGCAGGGCAGGGGGCGGGCAGGGCGGCCUCCCCUCGUCAUGCCGGCCUCCCCGAGUUAGGCUCGGGGCCAAGGUGCCCCCUCUGCUGUCCUCUGGGACCACAGGCGGGGAGAAGGCCGGGGGUCCUAGCGGGGGCAGCUGGCGCCUUCCUGUUCCCCUCACCCGGCGGAGACUUUGGGGGCAGGAAGGGAAACUGAGGAAAGCUCAGCUCGAGAUUCGGGCCUUGGCCGGGGCCAGGGCGAGCUGCUGAGACCACAGACUGGAGAAUGGGGGGCCGGGAGUAGGGGCACAGAGGCGGGGUCCUCCCCCUCCCGCCCCCUCCUGCUCGGACCCCUCUUCUUGCCCCAGGCUGGCGCGGGGCAACUUUGUAGAAAUCCUUGUAAAUACCCCCUCCCCCACCGCAGUCUCCAGAGGGGCUGCCGCUGUCGCCUCCGGUUUUUAAGUUAUUACCCCUCCCUCCUCCUGUCAGCCUGUCGCCCAAUAAACGUAGGACAGCCCCCGCCCCGCCCCGGGGUCUUCCUCCCUGCCUGCCCUGCAGAGGAGCACAGGGGGGCCUGUGACUUUGGGCCAGCGGCUCCGCCCUUCCGAGCCUCAUCUGCAGAAUGGGGGUGGGGGGUGUGUGAAGGUCAAGGGCGACGGGGGAGGGGGCAGGGUCUCCUCCAGCAGGCCCCACGUCCUCCACCGGGCCAGGCCCGCCAGCCACGUUACACUGGACUCUAAGCCACUUCCUAUCCAGUAGUGCAUUUACUCAAUAAACACUCAUGGACCAG